GCGUUCGGUCCUGUCGAUUUCAGCUUGACGCUUCCUGGCUGGGUCACGCUGCAAGCCAGCCGGAUGUUUUGCGUCGUCAGUAUGUGAUGGGAUCAUUGCCUUAUUUUCUCCCAAAGCUCACUGUGCAGCUCCAGCGGCGGGCCUGAUCAGGUGAGUACCCGAAAACAGCGCCAUGUGAGCGGCUGUUGUUGCUGAAAAAGCUGCAGGUUGUUUUGGGUGAAAGCUGCAGAGAGAGGUCGUGACGGUGUUGGUUUGCAGUGACCGUGCACGCCUCUGCGCGCUCCCACACAGCCAGAAUAUAGUUUCUGUACAUUGUGGUCCCUUCAACAGGCUGAGGGAGAUGGAGCUGCGGUUUUAGGGAUCAGAAACUGAGCUGUGAUUCAAUCUAAAAUGCUCCUGAAUCAGAGAAAUCUGAUCUAUUCAGUGCUCUGGUGUGAUCAGGCCUGAAACAUUAAUAGCUUUUACUGUCUGUCUUUUCUCCACCUGUCUGGUGGUCAUCUAUGUAUUCCCUCUCUGUGACAGCUGUGUCUUUGCUGCACAAUGGUUAUAGUAGCUCCCCGAGGAUCAGAAUCAGGAUCAGUGGCAGUCCAGGCAAGGUUUCAGAGCUUUUGAUGGACAGGGGGAGGUGGUGUGAGCUUCAGCUGCUGUCUUUUGUUUCAUCCAUCUUUCCUGACUCUGAACUUUGACUGCAGCUCUUUGCAUGUGAUUGCAAUUUAAAGGCCUGGAAUGUGCAAGUAAACUCUGUAGAUAUGGGUGUUGUAAUUUUAUGAGUCACAAAGUUCACCUGACGAGAGAAAAAGUCACAUUUUUUAUGUGCUUUCAAACCUCCAUCCUCUAUUCUUUUGGCUUUUCAAUAAUUUAAAUCACAAUGCAUGCAGCAGACACACACGUGCUGCCAUGUUAUGCUAACUCAAUCCAUACUAGGUGUUAUUUUGUGAGUCUUUUCAGUGGCUUGUUGGAAAUGCAGGGGUCACUGGACAGGUCAGAGGGGCAGAAGGUCUCCUUCUGCUGCCUCAGCCUGGGUCAUAUAAUCACUUUUUAAUGUUUGUUUUAACCUGCCAGAUGGGCCUGCUGUAGAAAUAACCACAAAAUGCAAAUACAUUUCAGCUGAUUUUGGAAUUAUGUGAAUCAUUUUUCAUGCGUAAAUUCCCCCAAAUUUUUUUUAAUAUUUGCUUUUAGUAACAGUGAUAUUUUUUGAUUCAAACAAAGAUCAAUCAUUCAGACCCGACAGAUUUCACAUUUUUGCGAGUGAAGGCAAUACAAACAUCACCCCUGUGGCAGCUUUUAUGGUGAAUGUUUAAACACAAUAAUUGAUUGUUGUCUAUCUCUAGUUUAUCUGUUUUACAUGUUUGUUAAAGAAGUUUGUCAGUGUCUCAGAUCAGAAUCUAUUUUUGCUUAUAUUGGUAUAUUUCAAUGAUUAAUCCAAUCAGCUUUAAUGCAAAUCAAUCUGCCAGAUUUGUACAUGGCAAAAAGUUGAACGAAAUAGUUAAUCACUUGCAGGUAUCUGCUUGUUUGAAGUAUUUUAAGUACGUUUUGGAACUAAAAUACACAAAACUGGUGAUCAUUUGCUGAUUCUUGCAGUUUAAAGUGAGAGUAUUUUUUUAUCCCAUAUUUCUUUUUGUUUUUCAGGCAUUUUGUUGAAGUAAGUAUUCAAUCAUAGAGAUAAUCCUUGACACAGCUCAAGAGCAAAUAAAGAUGCUGUUUGAAUCAUUGCACAAGUAUUGAUUUAAAUGAUUUUUAAGGUCAUAUCUUCACACAAAGUUUUAUGUGCAUAUAAAAAGAAAUCUUGUUGCAUAUUAAAAAAAAGUUUUAGACACCAGUUUAUCACUGAAAGGCCAAUAUGAUCCCAAAAACCUGGUGAUGGACAGGUCAGAGUUUAUGAAAAUUGUUCUUUUCAUUUGUUUUAACUCUGGUCUUCAGUCUAAAGCAGCACGUUAAUACACAGUGCUUAUUUUUCCAAAGCUAUUUUUCAUCUUUUUUUUUUUCUUCUCGGUGCAAAAAUGUGUGCCGUUUGAUAGUUUAAAGUGAGUGUUGUUAGGAUAUUUAGAGUUUUGACUGUUUGUAAAGCAAAAUAACAGAUAUCUAAAGAAAAAAUGAUCACUUAAAACUAUUUAAAUCUUACUUUUCCUCAGUUUUCAAUUCUUAUCGGAAGUCCUUGUAGAGAUGCAGCGACAAAGCGAAUUAAAAUCAAGCUGCUAAGACUCGAUCUCAUGCAGGAACUCUCUGUCGCUCCAGUGUUUUUGUGGUUUUAUCUGUCACCAAAGAGAGGAAAAGUCUCCUGUUGCUGCAGCAGUUGUUGGCAGCACACAUACACACACACGCACGCAUACACACACACACCUGUUUGUGUGCACACACAAACAGAUGGUGGACAGAGCGCUCUUCUGUCUCUGUGUGUUUUGGAUGGCGUGCAGGCGCUCAGCUGUUGUUUCUGCUCUCGUUAUCUGAGAGAUCAUGCCGACUCUUGAGCACGUUGAGAUCUCAUCAGGCCGCAGUUUUCCUGCUGAGACGCCCCAGCUGAUUAAAAAACGGGAGAGAAAGACUCGACGGCAUGGACAGAUUCUUGUUGUUUUUGACUUCAUCGUAACGUGUCGCUGCCAAAACAAGAUCAUCUCAUCUUCUAUCAUAUUAGAGUCUUCUUGGCAGUGUUUAUCAUACACCCAGUAGAACUAUCUGAUCUAAUCAGGGCUAAAAUAGGAACCUAAUUUGUUUAUAUUUUCCCUAAAUUAUCAUAUUAUAGCCACUGUGGAAUGUUUUGCCGGAGGGAAUAAACUAAAGCCAGUUAAGGGUAUCAAAUCUUUGGUAUUUUGACACUUUCCAACACCUAAAAGUCUCUUGCUCUUACGUGAAACCCAACAAGAAGUCAUGUCAGCGAUUUGGCCUAAUGUUUAGUGAUUUCCAGAGUUGUCAGAGGGAGUUUAAAACUUCACUAUCAUGACAACACUUUUUGAUUGAUUUUUAAACAGGAGUCAAAGCUGAAGAGAAACAGAGAGAGAGCAGCAGCGGCCGAGUGACAUAGAGAUAAAGUAGAGAAAGCACUUAAUAUAUUUAGUGAGUUUUUCUGAAUAUUAUUUGAUUUUUAAGUCUGAUUCAAGCUUAUAACUCUUGUUUCCAGAUGACCCAAGUGCUAAUUUAAAACUUUUUUUUACCUGUUGAUCUCAUAGACUCUAAACCUCCUUUUUUUCUGAACCAGAUAGAUAGAUAGAUAGAUAGAUAGAUAGAUAGAUAGAUAGAUAGAUAGAUAGAUCUGAACCAGAUAGAUAGAUAGAUAGAUAGAUAGAUAGAUAGAUAGAUAGAUAGAUAGAUAGAUAGAAACUGGGAAAUUCACAAACUAGUUUUCACUGAUGCUCUGUAGUGACGUGUAUCUCUCUUGGUUCCUCAUGACUCUGAUGCAGAUCAUCAUACAUACGCUGGUUUUGAUGUCUUUAUUUAUGGGACUCUAUACUUCUGUCAUUCGCUCUCAGGUUCCAUCGUCACAUAAAAGACAGAAAGGCAAAGAUUUGUGCUUCCGAGUCAUCUGCCUGAAGUGUGCUGCAACAAAGAGCAGCAUGCCUCCUCCUCACACUCUUUAGGACAUAAAACUUUUUGAUGUGAGCUGCCCCCCGCGCUCGCCCUUUCUCCCUUUAGUCCUGCCACACUCUCCUCUUUCCUCCUGCACUCUCUUAAAGGCCACACUGGUCUUUCAGCCGGCCUUUUCUUUCUCUUUCUGCCCCCCCUUCACCGCCCUCACAGGACAAAGGGAGGAGAGUGACUGUGGCGCUCUGUAGCCAGGUGUUCUCCUUUGCUGCUCUGGGCUGUAAUAGCCCCUGCCCUCACCCUGCAGCUGCCCUCCCCAGCCUCCUAUUGUGUGGCUCUAUUGUUCAACCGCCCACCCCUCGUUGAUUCAUCGGCCACACAGGGGACGCCCUUUCAGACUCUCAGGAGAGUGAGUGUGUGUGUGUGUGUGUGUGUGAUGGUGCACGUUGAGUACGCGUGCCUUGGGGAAGCUGGGUGUAGCAGACCUCCUCCUUCCUCCUCCCCCCGUCACCACUGCUCUUCAUUGUAAGCCUGCCGCGCUCUGAUUGGUGGAGCUGCAGCCACUCUAAACGAGGGAAUGGCUGACAUUGUUGCUCCAUCUGUUCUGCCACUCAUUGUCCAACUUGUCUGCUUUCUGUGGUGGAAAAAAAAAACCUGCUCUGGAGGAGAAACAGGCAGCGAGGACAGAGGCUGGAGCCGGAUGCUGAGCGGUAACAUCUUCCUCGGAUGCUGAGGAAACUUUAGGGCUUUCUCCGUCUGACUGACUGCUGCAUUUUUAAUCUGGUUUUUCUGGGAUUUAAACCUGCAGAAAUGAGCCGAUCCACCUCCUCUUUUCUUCAUCGUAUCCUGAUCUUGUAGAGUCUGGUGAGUGUGACGGCUAUGAGCUGAUUUGCACUUUCGAAAUGUUACUUUGUCUUGAUUUUAACUGUAAAAGGAGCCACUCUGUCUAAAAUUUUGAAAAGGAACUUCAGUAUGUAUCCAUCACAAUGUUACUUUGAAAAAGAAAGAAGUUCUCAGUCUUGAAUUUACAGAUAAAACCAAACUUAAAGUCUCAGUGACACGAGAAAAAGCAAAAAAAUCAUUUGUUAAAUGCUAAUCAAGAUUUCAGGAAAAGCCAUAAAAUUUAAGUUUUAAAAUAUGUGCAAAACAAACAUUUAAAAACAUUAAAAAAGUUUUCAAAUCACAAAAUGUUUAGAUAUAUUUUCUGAAAUGCCGAAAUAUUUCACAAAUGCAAAAAGAACUCAGAAAAUUCAGAAACAGUUUCUGCAACGUUCAAGUUUCUCCUGUAUGACAGAUUGUUCCGGCUGCUAAAAGCUGUAACAUCAGGCAUCGCUUUCCUACAGACCUGAGUACCUGACACGUACCAGGAGUUUAUUGAGUGAUAAUGUCCCGAAAGUUUUUGUAUCAGAUUACUUAUAGAAAAUUAAGAUUCUGUCCAAGUUUGAAAUGCACAAAAACAUAAGGGGAUGACUACACCUGCAGAACGUUUUCCCAAGUCUGCUGAUGUCGUUUUUUUUUUAACAUCAUGGAUUUUGUUGAUGUUUCUCUUAUUUUGGAGAGGAGGGGGAGACAGGAGGGGGGAGGGGUUCUUGUUUGUAUGUUAGUGUAGGGUGAGUGUGUUUUGGGGGCAACAAAAAAGCGGGCUCAGAUUUGGGUCAUAUGAGGUUAGGAGGAGGCAGAAAGUGCAGUAGCUGUGUGUGUGUAUGUGUGUGUGUGUAUGUAUGUCCUGCUGCGUCUUUAUCCCUUGGUGUGUGUGUGUUUUCAUGUGUGUGUGUGUGUGUGUGUGUGUGUCGGGGAAACACCAGUUACAAGAAGUGCUCAGCCGACAUCUGUUGCCCCUCUGCUGGCGGGGAAAGCCGAGCGCGCAGUCUGCACACACCGAGUGUCCCCCCUCCUCAUUAUCCUCUCCUCCCGUCUUAUAAUAAGUUCUACACAGUUACAGGACCAGACAAGCUCCGCCCACUCCCCCAAACCCCCUCUCUAACUUGCUGCACACACACUUUCUGCACAAAGCUCCCUCAUACAAAGCACUGUCUGUGUUACAUAUUCAUUACCUCCAUCAAAGCCUGCAUUACUGUGUGUGUCUGUGUGUGUGUAGAAGUGUGAGCUGGUGUUUGAAUGAUGCACACACUCAUCCUGCAGGUCUAAGAUGUUGUGAUGGGGUCGCGCCGCCGUUAGUCCGUUGGGAUUUAGUUAGUCCGGCUUUUAAGGAUUCAGCAAUGCGGCUGGAUGCAGAUUUUUGUGCAGCUCAGACCACACUGGAGGACUUUUAAAUUCAGUACGACAGCCAAUCAGAUCAUCCGUUUGAAGGGCUUUAAAAAGUGACAAAAACACUGAUCAGGUUUGAGACGUUGGACGAUAAUCUUCUCUUUUAUUAUCGAAGAAAUCUCACCAGUAGGGGAGAAGGCAAGGGUCGGCAACACUGGAAGUACUCUGACUCCAGUCUGAGCAUCUCCAGACUAAUUUUAAAAGUUGUUUUUUGAUAAAGAAACGGUUGUCAAUCAUCAUCCCAUUAGCACUGCACAUUUUCCAAUAUUCCGCCUGGAAUUUUUCAUUUUAUACAAACAAAACGAGAAAAUUUACAUUCAGCAUGUGUAGAAAAGAGUUUAAAGCAGCCAUACCAACAGGAUCUGUUUGUGUUUUGCAGUAUGUCAGGGUUUCUAAAGUCAUACCGGCAAAAAGAAAACAGAUUGAGCACAGUUUGACCUUUUCGUUAGGGGUCGACUGAUAUUGGUUUAUGACUUUAUGUCAAAAAAUUCAGUCAAAUUUGGUCAAUCAGGUUGUGGAGUUUGAGCGACAUCAGGAAGAGACACAAGCUCAGUGGAGACAAAGUUGUGCACUGAUAAUGUAUUUAUUUCAUCAGUCAUCUUAAGUAAAAUGCUGGUACGGAUAAUUGUCUGAAUGCAGAAUAUCAGCCUCAAAAAUUGUAUGAGGCCGAUGAUAGGUCUACCUCUUCUUUAUAAAGCUUCAAAAACAAACAUGUCAAGUAGAGAUAGAUUGAUUAAUCAGGUCAAUAAUCAGUCAACCCUUAAUCCCAAGCAAGGUUCAGUUCUUCUUUAUUUGAUAUCCAUCACUACUUUUGACACCAGAUCCUAAUUCAAUUUUGUUUAAAGACUACAACCUUUAAUCAUUUAUUUACAGGCUUUGUUAGAUACUUAAUUCUGAUUGGCAAUGGCUAUUAAUUUUGAAUAAAAAAAGCAAAACUGGGAACAACCAGAUCACGUGUCACACAUUUCAAAUCAACUCACAGGAAGGAGUCAUGGCACAUUUAGGGCACAUUUGAUAAUUUCACCUGGUCCUGACAAAAAUAGUACUUUCCAACAGCGUCAGUCAACAACAUGUAGGAUGUCUUAUUGUUACAUUGUUUAUUUGGAGAGUCUGACCGGUCACUUGCAGAGAAAAGAAGAUGGGAGGAAGGAAGCAGCACAGAACUUUACUAGAAAUGUCAAAACACAAGGAGCUGAGUCAGAGAGACUUCUACCAAAUUGAAGAAAACAGAUGCAAAGCAACUACAAAAGGCACAGGCAGCCGUACAUUUACAUGAUCAGUUAAACUACAAGUUAAGCUCAGUUAGGCGAUUUGACUGGACUGCUGUCCUCGUCUCAGUUUAUUGACAGAAGCAUGUCGGCCUCUGCUAAGAUCUGAACACCAGUUUAGACUCGACCAGAUAUGAAAAUGUGAAGCUCAUUCAUGCUGAUUUAAAUGUGUUUACAUGCAGUUAAAAAGGUUGAUUUGUGUGUAUCUAAAGCACAUGACAGGAAGUAAAGUUACCUGAGUGUGAGGCAGUUAAAAUGCAAAAUAAAUAUGAAUUUUCUGAAGCAAUCUUUUCUCUAAAGUGCUUUUGUAAAGUGAACUAGUUAAGGUCUCUCUUUGCCAGUGUCGUCACGUGUUGUGAUACUCGUGUUUACGUCCCUUGUUGCGGAUUUGCGUGAUGUUAUUGCGUCCCUCUGUGUUGAUUUGCAGCUGGUGUCGACGUCAGCUGAUGCCAAACCUCAGAGAAAGUUUAUUAAAGAGAGUUUGGAUGCCAGUUUGGACCACCGGGUAGAAAAAGUGCGUAUGAGCUACUCCUUGCAGCCUCCUUUUCUCUGUCUCCACAUCAGUGUGAGUCACUGUGUGAGGUAGAUGUUGUGUAUUUUUGUCUUCACAUGUACACUGGCACCAUUAUCGCCCACACUGGUGGGUGCGAAGGUCCCUGUCCUCAUCACUCCUGCAGCUCUUUUGCUGUCUUGAGUUGCCAGUGAGGCACACUUGGGGCCCCUCCCUCCCCCACAGCAGCCCUUGUUGUAUUGUGUUCAGUGUGUGUGUGUGUGUGUGUGUGUUGGCAUUUUGAAGGCUGAAUGCUUUCAACAGCUGUAGCUUAGCAACAGUAGCGCAGCCACGUUGCUAGGCAGCUCCUUUUUCAUAAAAUGCGGACUCACCAAAGCCCUCACUCCGCCUUUCCUCCCUCCCAGCCUCCAUCUUUAAGUCACUUCCACUCCCAUCACAUGCUUUGUCAAAAUUACAUGUUUUCUUUGCCCAAUUUGUUAAACUUAGACUAAGUUUUUGGAAGUUUUUUCUUUGCAUUUGUAUUAAAGUGUUUCUAUAUUUAGAAUAUAUAAAACCAUCUGCAUUGUGGGGCUGAAUUUAAUGCAGUGAGAUGCAUUUCUUUGCACACUGCCCUGCAAAACUAAUGUGGUUAAGCAAAGGCAAUUCACUUCAAACUGUUUAAUCUGGUAAGUGGGCUAUAUUUAAGAACUCACUGCAUUAAUUCCGUUUUUUUGCACUCCUCAAAUUGGCUCUAAGUAGGGAUGAACUACCUUCUGCAUAACUUACUCUUAAUGGCCGAAUCCCAUUAGAUUACUGAUGUUUCUUUUACGCUCUUAAAAUGUGUAGAUUCUGGCUGAGAUUUGGUGUACAGAGAUGUAUAAAUGUUAGUUUUCUAUUUGUUUAAGUCCCAUUCAAAAACAAUAUUGAAUGCAGCAAACUCUUAACUGCCUUGUCUUGAAUUGGCCCUCUAUAUAUGCAUGUGAAAGGGCAGAGAGCUCUUAGUUUAACUUUGUAUAUUCAAAUAAUUCCUGUCUUUGGUGAAAGUGGUCCUGACUGAACUUGUGUCACUAACGCUUUUAUUGAUCAGGUCAUUCUGGGCGGGAAGUGAAGGGAUACAUCUGGGAGGGAUACUGGGCAAAUGCCGAAUCUUCAGCAUCAUAUUAUCAGCGCCUUAUUUCCUCAAAAGCUUGAAUGCCGUUAGUCGAUUGGCUCAGUAGCUGAAGAACCCCUCUGUGGUUUAAUGAGUGACUCCACCACCCAGCGGGAAGAAACAUAUGGACUUUAAUUACCAGGUAGAAUAGGAGGGGGAAGGGUCGGUCGGCUGGGGGCCAACGGCUUGCUGCCUCUGUUUCUAAAAACGGUCCUCCCUCUGGCCCCCCGUGGAUUGAUGCGCUGUGGCGUGGCCCUAUAAAAACACACAGGGGCCAGACUGAAAAAAGCGGGAGUCCAUUAAUUAGGGUGAGAGGCCCCCGUUGGCUCUUUGUGUGAACCAGACUUGGUUCUCGAGUCCCCGACUGCCCCCAGACAGCCGGCGAAAACAUCAGCUCCCAAGAGCCAAAGGGUGUGAGGAAACAUUUACAUAGAAGUAAAGGUGACAAGUCGGAUUUUCAUAAAACCACAGAGAGUGUUGACUUUGGAUUAUCAUGUGACAACACAGCCUGAAUGCAAAUUCUCACUUUGCAAAUGAUUUCCCAGGAAUUUCAGCAGACAGUUUGUCUACAUGAGGGAAACGACGUCUCAGUUUCCAGAAGGAAAAGUCAUGCUGUUGUUGUUUUUAUUGCGUCAUAUAUUUGGCGUCUUCAUUGUUGAAAAGUUCAAAAACUUUUGCAAGCAGCUUCAUAAUAGUUUAGGAUAACAGAUACUCCUGAACUUUUAGCCGUUACCGUUUCUUCUCUCAAAGACCAAACUCCUCUGACAAAAUCAUCAAUUUUUCCUGUACGGCUCAGAGUUGCUUUCUCGAUCAGUUAGUUUAUUGUCUUAUUGUUUGGCUUUUGUGUUUGGCAAAUUCAGAGCAAAAAACGCUGAACAUUUUAACACAAAUAAUAAGCAAUUCCUGAGUGCUCCACUGGCUCUGUUAUCCUUGUGUCUUCUCUUUUCGCUCUUUUCACUCAUCACUCCGCGUACACAACACUGUCUGGUUGGCUGGACUGGCUACUCCUUAAAUGUAAUUUGUGAACUGUUUCUCCUCUUACGCUCUCUCCAUCCUCUCUGUCUCCUUAAGGCACCGAUGAGUCCGUCUUUGUGAGAGGGCAGUCUUCCCCCCGGUGUGCUGGAUGUCUGUGACAGAUCCAUGGGCCAGAAGGACCAUGUGGAGGCAGGAGCAGGCCACAUCAUUGACUUGGAGUAUCUCCACGUAGCGGGGGCCGACCGGCAGGCUGGCGGCGCUGACGGGCCCCCUGCUAUGGAGGAGCAGGGGGAGACCUCCGGCAACAGCAGCACCGCCAAUUCCCCUCCUCCUCCUCUCGGUUCAGUGGAAGAAACAGCCGGGUCUGACGCCGAGUGUGACCUGGCAUCGUCUUCCCUCGACCCAGACGGAGGAGAGGGAGGGUUGACUCACAGCAAGAACACCCACCAGCCGCUCUGUCGGACCCAGUGUGUGGACUUAGGCACUGAGGGUCCUCCUGAGCUCCCAGCGGAGCCUGACACCCCAGCCAAGAGCACCCCAGUUGAGCCUCCAUCCAAUCCUGCCUCAGCAGAGCCGGCGGCGUCUGAACCAGGCGGGAAGGAGUACCAGGCGAAGCUGGAGUUCGCCCUAAAGCUGGGCUACUCCGAGGAGACCGUGCGAAUCGUCCUGUCCAAGCUGGGCCCGGACACGCUCAUCAAUGACAUACUGGGAGAGCUGGUCAAACUGGGCACUAAGUCAGACAGCGAACAGCCGACUGCAUCAUUAGCCUCCACAUCUUCCUCUUCAUCCACCUCUUCCUCCUGUGGAUGCUCUGAUCUGCUGGAUAGCCAAAGAUCGGACUCCCCGUGUCCUUCAGACUCUGUGUGCGACCAGGACAACCUGCGGCCGAUCGUGGUGGAUGGAAGCAACGUCGCUAUGAGGUGAGCGCUCUACAGACCCAGGUUAAGAAUAUCUAAAAUGUGUCUUUAAAAAUGCUGAAACCGAAACUCCCUAAUCUGUUCCCCAUCAGCCACGGCAACAAGGAAGUGUUUUCCUGCCAGGGCAUCCAGCUGGCUGUUGAUUGGUUCCUGGAGCGUGGUCAUCAUGACAUCACAGUGUUUGUACCUGCGUGGAGGAAAGAGCAGUCUCGCCCUGACGCCCCUAUAACAGGUGAGUUCAGGACACUGUCGACCAGAAGCGCGCACACUUUGAGUUGAUUUCUUCUUCUCAACUUCACCUCCCCUCUUCCUCCACAGAUCAGGAGAUCCUGCGCCGCCUAGAGAAGGAAAAGAUCCUCGUCUUCACUCCCUCUCGGCGGGUCCAAGGACGGCGUGUGGUCUGCUACGAUGACCGUUUCAUUGUGAAGCUGGCCUAUGAGUCAGACGGCAUCAUCGUCUCCAACGACAACUACAGAGACCUUGCAAAUGAGAAGCCAGAGUGGAAGAAGUUCAUCGACGAGCGGCUGCUCAUGUACUCCUUCGUCAAUGACAAGUAAGAGGGGGUGGAUCCCAGAGAGCUAGAUGACUGUGUGACAUUUGUGCGUCUCAUUUUGAGCUCAGAAAUCUCAGCUACAGUUUACCUUUUGUAACUUUCUCUGUAUCUGACAUUUGGUUGCACAAAUGCCAACAUAAGUGACAUUUGCUCUUGAAUUUAAUAGAAAAGUUUGGGCUGAUUCAAUCUCUCUGUUUGCUAGUUUUCGGUCCCCUGUCAUGCAGCUUUUUUGUCCUUUUCUUGUCUUUCACAGAUUCAUGCCCCCGGAUGACCCUCUUGGUCGUCAUGGCCCCAGCUUAGACAACUUCCUGAGAAAAAGGCCUGUCAUGCCAGAGCAGAAAAAACAGCCUUGUCCAUACGGUAAGAACGCAGAUACUACAAGGUUUGAAAACAGAUGGAAUGAGUGCACAAAUCUGAGAGCAUUUGUACAUAUUUACUCAUGUUUUUAGUGUUUGUUCUGCUGACUGUGUAGUAAAACCAAAACCGCCUGUCCUCACUCUAGGAAAGAAGUGCACUUACGGACACAAGUGUAAGUACUACCACCCAGAGAGAGGAGCUCAGCCUCAGCGUGCCGUGGCAGACGAGCUUCGUGCCAGUGCCAAGACCUGUGUCACCACAAAACACCAACCAGACGCCGGUCUGGUGAAGAGCCACAGCGUUCCAGCUGGCAUUAUCGAGGCCAAAAAAGGCGCCCCGAAGAGACAGUCCGACCCGAGUAUCCGCGCUCUAUCGUACAGUGACGCUGAGGAGAAGCUUCUGGCGAAAGGGAGGCUGGAGAGCCAGAAGAGCAGUCUGUGCGGCAGCAGCAGUAGCAGUAGUUGCAGCGGGAGUUUGACCAUGUCUCCAGCCCCAGGAGGAGGUCCUCCAUCUGGUUUGAGCCUUCCACAGGAGCAGCAGCCCAGAGCAGCGACUCCCCACGCUCUACCCGCCUCAGGCCAUGAUCUUUACCCUCACUGUGAGUCUCCAGACUUGAGCUACUAUUCAGUGACUCGUGCCUACUCGGGCCUGAGCCUGUCCUCCAGACGGAGCCCAGACUGUCGCUUCCCAAAUGACACGGACCUGCGGCUGGGUUCGAUGGGCUCAGCAGGGUCUGAAUGCGGCAGUGAGAGCAGUGUGAGCUGUGGCAGCAGCUGCGACUCAUACAGCGAGAGGCCGUGUCCUGGAUGUCCUCCUGACACCUUAAUUGAAGACGGCGUGCAUUUCACAAACCCUCACAGUCGGCUGUAUCCCCAUCACGCCGCCUCCAACCAUGAACUCUGUGGACUUCACCCUGCUGAGUAUACAAACAUCCAGCACAGCCACACGUCUAAUCCUGCAGUCCACAGCUACCACCUGAGUGUAGCACGAGGGCAGACCUGCUCCCACGAUCAACCUCCACCUGACGCCCCCCCAAAGCGCCCUCUUUACCCUCUACCGCCUCAUCUCCAGCACCAGCCCCUGGCCGCCCGCUCCAGCUGCCCGGGUGACUACCACUCUCUACCGCAGUCCAACCCUCACCCCCCUGGCUCCCCUCUGGGCCGCUGCCUGGCCCCCACACGAGCAGAGAGCGUGUCAGACUCUCACCUGUACGAACACCUCUCCACAUCGCACCAUCACCACAGAACAAAAGCUCUGCCAGGGUGGGACUCGUACUACAGACAGCCUCCGUUACCUCCAUCCAGAUACGAACCAUCAGCCUAUCAGAGCCUUCCGGACACACGGCAGUCCUCCUGGCACACCCCUCCUUGGGCACAGGAAAGCUACGCCCCUCACCACUCCUCUCACCCGGCUCUCCACCCCUCCCCAACACAUUACCUAAACCACCCGCCACCUCCAUCUCACUCUCCUCACCCUCCUCACCCAUCCAGCACCUCUCUCCCUCCUUACAGCUCUCACCUGUCAGUGCCCUCCCAUGCGCCGCCUUCUUACAUGCACCCAGAAUCCCCCGCACACAGUCGCUACGAGGACAUGAGGGAGAAGGUGUAUGUGAACCUUUGUAACAUCUUCCCCUCGGAGCUGGUGAGUCGGGUGAUGGCGAGGAGCCCCCACAUCACAGACCCCCAGCAGCUGGCAGCCGCCAUCUUGGCAGAGAAAGCCCAAACAGGAUACUGAGACCCCAGAGAGCGGAAACCUCAAAGCUGGAAAACUGUAGCAGUUAUGUAGUAUGUGAAACUGGACUUGCCUUUUCUGUACUUGGAAGCACGCUGGGUUGCAUGGUGGAAUCUUAAAUACAGGAAUGCUUUUGGUAUUAAUAACACAACGCAUAAGUCUGUUGGAAAUAAGAUGCUGCUGGUAAUCCAGGUACAGCUGCACAGAGCAAACAUUUGACAAAACUCUGGACUUGUACAUCAGUUCUGCCUAAUUCUUCCUUUGUAUUUAUGCAGCAGCUAAUUGUACGCAUCUUUUACACACUGAACUUUUUUACGCAUUUAAAUCCUAAAGGCACUUUUUUUUGUUUUGUUUUACAGUCAAACCAUGACUUACUGAAUCUGAAUCGCAUGCACCAAACAUGACUGAUAUGAGGGAUUAUUUCGAUCGUCCACCAACUUUGCGGCCAAAUGCGCGCACGUUUAGUGCACUAUACCUUGUACUUACCAUGAGACCCGAGUCAAACACGAGCUUGAAAAUGUUACUUCUCGCAAGUUUCGAGCACCAGAUGCUUCAUUUUCGAUUUUUGCAAAGUAAACCUUAGACAUGUGCUUGUUCUUCUUCUUUGAAUUUUGAAGCUGCUGAUCUUCUUUGGUACUCUUUUACCGAAUGAUAUUUUUCAACGACUGUUUGAUUUCGGCCCGUGUAUUAUAACCUUCUCUUUGUGUGUGUUGUUUGGCCCUCAUUGGUGUAGUCGGGUGUCUGAAAGCUCGUCGUCUCAUUUGAGGUGAUGUCAGUAUUGGUCAGAGUUGUAGCUGCAGAGAUGGGUGACCCUGUCGUGUGUACCUUAGUUUUAGUAAGGGACAUCUCUCUCUUUCUCUCUCUCUCUCUAUCUCUCUCUCUCUCUUGACUCUGGUAUCUGCUACAGACAGACAGCACCAGGACACGAGUAAAUCCAACAUGUAUGUAUUGUAAAUAUAUUUAACAGAUUACCUUUGCUGUGCUUUUGGUGAACAGCGUCUAGUGUUGUCUGUAGCAGAUCCCAGCUGAUUCCAUGCUAGACAGAGAAAACCUUGUUUGAUACAAAUUGUAUCAUUAACUAAGUCGCUGGUGUUAUAUACAGUACAUGGACUUGUUGAUCUGUAUUUAUCGAACACUCUUGAUGUAUUGUUGCUAUAUGAGGAAGUGCUUUGACAACAGCUAUGUUCCAAUCGAGACGCUCCAACUUUUAAUCUUGUGGAAAUUGCUUUGAGACAAUUAUUUCACAUACGUUAUGAAACGAGAGGAGCUGUCUGCCUACUUUGUUUAGGUAUCACAACCUCUCAAUCUGCGCUUUUGGGUUUGAAGCUGGCUUAGGAGCUCGUGUUGUUAUAGGUAUGCUUAGAUUAACUGGGUUAUCGCCCAUUUGGAAACAGAACUACCGUAAAGUUUGGGUUUAAAGGCUCUUAAAUCUGGAUGCUUCAAUUUUAUAUUAGUAACAAUCAGUUGAUAUGGCUAAGAAUAUUUCACUUGGGCAAGUCCAUUAUCCCAUGGCGACUAUUUUGAACAUCUGAAUGGUUACCAGCACCCUAAAUUGUGCUCAGGUGGAGUUUCGUAAUGACGUCACAGUGAUGGUGACUCAGCUGUUUUUUAUGUCGCAGGAAAUUCACCGUGCAUACAAAGAGUUAGCAAAAUAUCUACAAACGUAGCAAGACUCUAGCAGCAUGCUAGACACUUUGGUCAUACGCAGCUGGAGCUACUUAAGCACUUGGCUAGCUUUAUUAUUUCCAUGUCUUGUUACUUAAAUCUAUUUAUACGCAAAGAUAAAAAAAAAAUUCGAUAACACUUUACUUGACACCUAGCUCUAUAACGCAUUGUAAAUAUAUUUAUAAUGCGUUAUAAUCGUGUUGUCGCACUGUAUAACUAUAGUUAUAAACACUCAUAAACGAUCAUAAUGCUUUAAAGCAACAAUCAUAACACAUUUUAAAGCAUUUUUAAUGACUUACAAGGUCAGGUAUUAUGUGUUAUAACUGUUAGAAACUCACUGACAAUGCGCACAUAGAUAAUGCAUUAUACAUAUAUUUAGGAUGUGUUAUAAUUUGCUUAUAAACUUGUAUAACUACAGUUUUAAACACUCACAAAUUAUCAUAAUGCUUUACAGCAAUAGUCAUAACACAUUAUAAAGCAUUUUAUCAUGACUUAAAAGAUCAGGUAUUAUAAUAUGUAAUUCUUAUUGUUAUAAAGCCUUAUGAUAACUAAUGAGUGUUUAUAAUGAUAGUUAUACAAGCUUAUAAGCAAAUUAUAACACAUCAUCAAUAUAUGUAUAACGCAUUAUCGAUGUGAACAUUGUCAGUGAGUUGUAAAGUGAAAACACACUGUAAUACCUGACCUUUUAAGUCAGGAUAAAAUGCUUCAUAAUGUGUUAUGAUUAUUGCUAUAAAGCAUUAUGAUCAUUUAUGAGUGUUUAUAACGUGAUUAUAACACAUUAUAAAUAUAUAUUUAGAGAUAGGUGUCAAGUAAAGCGUAACCAAAUUUUCGUAUUUGGCUCAUUCUGUUGAAAUAAAUUAUUUUGUCAUACUCAAACAUGUUCGCCAUCCAAUAUAAAUUAUUACUUUGUUAGUCGGUCGAACUGAAGCAUAAGCUCAAAAUAGCCGCCAAGGAAUGAAAGCCCAGAGAGUGAGCUCGUCAUACAGUUCAUCACAAGCCAGCGAACGAAAGCCCACUGGUUCCUUUCCUGUCCAAAGUGUCACAUUGUACCAGUAACGAGUAAUUGUACAAUAACACGUGCUGUUGAUGACAGAACCUUCGAGUAUUUUGAAGAAGCGCCUUCGUUCUGGCCUCCUGGCACCGUGUGUCAGCGUGACGUCUGAGCGUGGGCCCAAAGUAAUGCCUCUUCGUGGCAUUGUGCUUAUGACACAUCCAAUACUCUGAACUAUGUUCAGCUCUAUGUUAUGCAUGUUUUGAUUUGUUUGAAUUCUGCAUGUUUACCUUUUGGUUUCAUUUGUAUAUAUAUAUAUAUAGUUGUUUUUGUCUGUUUAGCCAUAACCGUGACAUACUGCGAGCAGUGAACUUUCUCUAGGCUUCCUUUGAUGCAACACUGGCUUGUUUUUCUGCAGUGGAGUGUUUGGUUAGGUCUCCACUCUGGUGUAACACCCUUCUUUUACACUUAUGUGAUCUCUAAUUUAUGGAGGCUCGUGGAUAGUGAUAAUGAACACAAUUUUGUAACUAUAGAUAAAACAAUGCUGUAUCACUACAAAUAAAAAGCAUGACCAUUCUGUUUCAAACUAUAUAGACCCUUUUUUUUCCACGAGUGUAACUGUAACUAACUGCUAACUGUAACAUUUUCAACUGUAUCUGUGAAAGUUGAUUAAAAACGGACCUGUUGGAAAAAAAAAUCCCUUUAUUCAUAAACGAUGGACCCCUGUGAUAUCAUGGAAGUAUGUAUGUAUGUGAGCAUGUUAUUGUGUGUCACUUUAUAUAUGUAUAUGUACUCUUAUGUAUGUAUGAAUGAAUGUCCUUGGGUAUGUUUUCCUGCUGUUGCUUCUUUUUCAAACAUGUUCCAGAUGAGAAACAAAGUUGUUGACAUCUAUGAGGCCUCACUUGGCUCAGUUAAGGUCAGUGUUCAUGAUUCAACAAGAGAGAGACUGGGCAAAAAUGGGAUCCAUGGGCGAGCCUAAAGGCCAAAACUGCUGAGAACAAAAUGAUCACAAAGGCCUGUCUCACAUCUGCCAGACUGAAGUGGAACUUUCUGGAAUGUGUGCUUCCUGUUACAUCUUCAGUAAACUAACACAGCGUUUGAAACAAGAUCAUACCCACAGUCAAACAUGGUGGUGAUAGUGUGACGAUCCUGGACUACUUUACUGCUUCAGAACCUGGCCUACUCACUAUAUUUGAUGGAACCAUGAAUUCUGCUCUCUAACAGAAAAUCUUGAAGGAAGAUGUCCACUCAUCAGUUCAAGACCUUAAGAUCAAGUGCACUCAGGUUAUGCAGCAGAAUAUUGAUCCAAAGCAAACCAGCGAGAAUGAAGGUUUUGGAGUGGCCUUGUCAAAGUCCAGAUGUUUGUCUGAUAUUUAACAAGAAAGCACAGAAGUUAGCGGCAUAAACGCACUUUAACACCUUCAACUAAAAUACAAAACCCAAUUCCACUGAAGUUGGGAAAUUUGAAUGCUGUUCUUCAUUCUCAGAAUAAAAACGGGUCAAACACUUGC